AUGAUUAGAACUAUAAAACCCAAGAACAAUCGUUCUAAGAGAGCUCUUGACAAGAAGGAGUCAAGGAUUGUCGAGAACGUCAAAACCGCUCUCUUCAUUACCGGUAAGACUGGAAACAAGAUUACGCACGAUGCAAUGAUAGAUUUGAGUGCCCUGAAGAAGCCAGACAUCAAGAGAUUUGACAAAAAGAACGACAUCCUUCCUUUUGAGGAUCCUUCGAAGCUUGAGUUCUUCAGCGAGAAGAACGAUGCCUCUUUGCUGGUGUUUUCAUCGCACAAUAAGAAAAGACCCAACACUCUCACAUUCUCCAGAACCUUCAACUACCAGCUGUAUGACAUGGUUGAGCUUUCCAUUCUGAGCAACUACAAACUGCUACAGGAUUUCAAGAAGCGCACUUUCGAUGUUGGUAUGAAACCCAUGUUCGUUUUCAAUGGGCCAGUUUUCGAUUCUCAUCCGGUAUACAUGCAGUUGAAGUCUCUGUUCCUCGACUUCUUCAGAGGAGAGGUGACAUCCAUGCUUGAUGUCAAGAGUUUACAGCACAUAAUUGCUGUGAGUGCCGGAGAGCUUGAUGAUGUUGAUAACUCGCUGUCCAAGUUGCCUAUUGUUCAUUUCAGAGUUUACAAAUUGAAAACUUUGAAAUCCCCAGAGCCUAAGCUGCCAAGAGUCGAACUCGAGGAGAUUGGACCAAGACUCGACUUCAAGGUGGGCAGACAUGUAUCGCCCAGUCCUGAGGCCGAAAAGGAUGCUCACUUGGUUCCUAAGCAACUUCAACCCAAGGAGAAGAAGAACGUGGAGACUGAUUUCAUGGGUGACAAGGUUGCUCGUAUUCACGUUGGCCAACAGGACUUGUCCAAGCUGCAGACACGUAAGAUGAAGGGUUUGAAGGCCAGAUAUGACCAGAAUGAGGUGGAAGUUAGCGAUGACGAGAUUGACGAGGAACACGCCGAAGCGAAGAAGAGAAAGUUGUAA